AUGGGUAGUCAAUUGGCCAAGGAACAGGAACAACUUAAAAACCUCAACUUCAGUGAGAAAGAACUCCAGAAGCUCUAUAAAAACUUCAGCAAGAUCGAUAAGGAUAAGUCAGGUACUCUUGAACCAGAGGAGUUCUUCGAUAUUCCAGAGCUAGCGCAAAAUCCCCUUGUCCGUAGAGUUAUCGCAGUGCUUGAUAAAAACAAGGACGGAAACAUUUCUUUCUUAGAAUUCGUGCAAGGUUUGAACUCUUUGUCAGCAGGAGCCUCUCACGAGGAAAAGCUGCGUUUCGCCUUCUAAAUCUAUGAUAUCAACCAAGACGGAUACAUCUCAAAUGGUGAGCUUUUUACCGUCCUCAAGAUGAUGGUUGGCAACAACUUGAACGAUGUGCAAUUACAACAGUUAGUUGAUAGAACAAUCAUCAAGGCAGAUGAAGACUUCGAUGGCAAAAUAUCUUUUGAAGAGUUCUGCAAGAUGGUUAAAGACUUAGAUGUUGUUGACAAACUUACCAUCAACUGCUGA